GUUUCUCUGUGUAGCCCUGGCUGUCCUGGAAUUCUCUGUACACCAGGCCUCAAACUCAGAGAUCCGCUUGCCUCUGCCUCCCGAGAGCUGGGAUUAAAUGUGUGCACCCCCUUGCCUGGCUGCCAGUUUCUUAAAACCUGCCUUCCUGGCAGGAUCUGGAAAGGAGUGGUGGACCACUGGCUUUGUCGCCCAGGUGCCCACGGCGCCCUACUGGGCACAUAUGUCCAUUGCAACGGUUUUGGGAAUGGUAGGGCUCAGGGUUUGGCACAAGCCAUCUGGAGGUGACAGAGGGGCGUUUUGAGACGAGUGUGGAGUCAUUUGCCAUUAGGGCUCAGUGAGUAACUGGCUGUUACUCUGUCAGGCACUGGGGAUGCCGCGAACAGGAUCCCUGGUCCUGGUCUCAGGCAGGGGACGACAGCCGAGGGGUAAAUAAACCUGUUAGCUCACAGUCUCUACCGUGUAUGUUGUGGGGGCUCAACUAAUAACGGAUAGUUGGGGGCGUUGGUUGAAAUAGGGCACGUAUUAGAAAUGCUUAAAUCUUGGCGCAGUUUGCUGCAGGUGAGUCAGCUCUGCAGGAUUUCUUCAGCGGUGAGAAUGAGGCAUCUGCCUUGGAUAUAGGAGGGACUUGUCUGACAUGCAAGGUUGGCUUCUUUCUCCCUCUCCAUGAGAACCUGGCGGCUUUAGGUCAGAACAAAACCGGCAUUAAUCAAUAGGGGGAUAGCAUUGGCACUAAGUAGGGGCUGAGUUUUUCGUCUGUAUUCUCGAGGCUAAGACCCAAAAUGGUACAGUGGCUUAGAGGUGGAAGUUUCUGGAAAGGAAUGAACCUGACCUGGCCGUUCCUCUGUCGCUCCGCGUCACCACACAGAUAGCCACUACUGUGUGUUUGCCCAUUACUGUGCGGUAGUCAUGUUUGUUUUGUUCUCAGGUAUCUGUCAUUUCCUGGCCAGACUGCAGGAUGGCUCUAUGCCCUGUUAGCCAGGCUGUGAUUAGUGUGACCAGGACUGCGUAUGCGGUGGCACUGUGGGCACCGAUUCCUUUGACUUCACUGGUGUGUCCAGGGCAGGCACAUAUGGGACAGCCUUUGUCCGGAGGUGGCCAUAAAUCCCUACCCUUAGUGAUUUCCAUCUGCCUGCUUUUGCAAGCCCGCUCCAGUCAAGCUCUAGCUCACAACACAACAGUCUUUUUGGAGUACAGUGAAUCGAGAAAUUAGGCAGCCCAGCCUUGCUGCACACAACCUAUAACGUGUUCCAGGCGGGCCAGCGGCCGUGAGCUCUAUCUCCACCACCCCCUCAGCUCCUGCCUGCCCACACUUCGCCCCUCCCCCCGCUCUUCAUCUGGCUUCUUUGACUUACGCCGGAGCCUUCUCUCCGGCCUGGAAACCUUACUCCCGCCCCUUUUGCGUGGCCCCAGCUUCAGCUCAGGGCUCUUUGUCACAGCUCCGCCCACUUGAGCACACCCUCCAGGAAAGGUUCCCUGUUCCUUCCCCACUCACCCUGGGUCUAAGCUGACUGAGAUGCACCAUCGGGGAGCCAAGGUCCUCCCAGCUGAGCACUGUUACCCAUCCCUGGGAACAUGGGCCUCAGAAGCUGGCUGUGGGAGGCUUUCUGUGCCACGCUCUAUCAGGAACCCAGCCAUGGUGAACGAGGGCAGCAGCAGUGGAAGCGAGGGCUCGAAGGACAGUUCGAGAUGUUCCACCCCCAGCCUGGACCCAGAGCGGCACGAGAGACUCCGGGAGAAGAUGAGGCGCAGAAUGGACUCUGGGGACAAGUGGUUCUCCCUGGAGUUCUUCCCUCCUCGGACUGCCGAGGGAGCCGUUAACCUCAUCUCAAGGUUUGACCGGAUGGCAGCAGGGGGCCCCCUCUUCGUGGAUGUUACCUGGCACCCAGCUGGAGACCCUGGCUCAGACAAGGAGACCUCCUCCAUGAUGAUUGCCAGCACAGCAGUCAACUACUGUGGCUUGGAAACCAUCCUGCACAUGACCUGCUGCCAGCAGCGCCAGGAGGAGAUUACAGGCCAUCUGCACAGAGCCAGGCAGCUUGGCCUGAAGAACAUAAUGGCGCUGAGGGGAGACCCUGUAGGUGACCACUGGGAAACAGAGGAAGGAGGCUUCAGCUGUGCCACAGACCUGGUGAAGCACAUCCGGAACGAGUUUGGCGACUACUUUGACAUCUGUGUGGCCGGUUACCCCAAAGGCCACCCUGAGGCAGAGAGCUUUGAGGAUGACCUGAAACACUUGAAGGAGAAGGUGUCUGCAGGCGCUGACUUCAUCAUCACCCAGCUCUUCUUUGAGGCCAGCACCUUCUUCCAUUUUGUGAAGGCCUGCACAGAAAUAGGCAUCUCCUGCCCUAUCCUGCCUGGGAUCUUUCCUAUACAGGCCUACUCCUCCCUUCGGCAGCUUGUAAAACUGUCCAAGCUGGAGGUACCGCAGAAGAUCAAGGAUGUCAUCGAGCCCAUCAAAGACAAUGAUGCUGCCAUCCGCAACUAUGGCAUUGAGCUGGCUGUGAGCUUGUGCCGGGAGCUGCUGGACAGCGGCUUGGUGCCGGGCCUCCACUUCUACACCCUCAACCGUGAGGUGGCCACUAUGGAGGUGCUAAAGCAACUGGGCAUGUGGACUGAGGACCCCAGGCGUCCCCUGCCCUGGGCUGUCAGUGCGCAUCCCAAGCGCCGGGAGGAAUAUGUGCGUCCCAUCUUCUGGGCCUCCAGACCGAAAAGCUAUAUCUACCGCACACAGGACUGGGAUGAGUUUCCCAACGGCCGCUGGGGUAAUUCCUCCUCACCAGCCUUUGGGGAGCUGAAGGACUACUACCUCUUCUACCUGAAAAGCAAGUCCCCCAGGGAGGAGCUGCUGAAGAUGUGGGGUGAGGAGCUCACCAGCGAAGAGAGUGUCUUUGAAGUCUUUGAACAUUACCUCUCUGGAGAGCCAAACCAGCAUGGCCACACAGUCACCUGCCUGCCCUGGAACGAUGAUCCCCUGGCAGCAGAAACCAGCCUGAUGAAGGAAGAGCUGCUCCGAGUGAACAGGCUGGGCAUCCUCACCAUCAACUCACAGCCCAACAUCAAUGGGAAGCCAUCCUCAGACCCUGUUGUAGGCUGGGGCCCUAGUGGGGGCUACGUCUUCCAGAAGGCCUACCUAGAGUUCUUCACCUCCCCUGAGACAGUGGAGGCACUUCUGCAAGUGCUCAAGAAGUACGAGCUCCGAGUCAACUACCACAUUGUGGAUGUGCAGGGCAAGAACAUCACGAAUGCCCCCGAGCUGCAGCCCAAUGCUGUCACCUGGGGCAUCUUCCCUGGUCGAGAGAUCAUCCAGCCUACUGUGGUGGAUCCCAUCAGCUUCAUGUUCUGGAAGGAUGAGGCCUUUGCCCUGUGGAUCGAGCAGUGGGGCAAACUGUAUGAGGAGGAGUCCCCAUCCCGCAUGAUCAUCCAGUACAUCCAUGACAACUACUUCCUGGUCAACCUGGUGGACAACGAGUUCCCGCUGGACAGCUGCCUGUGGCAGGUGGUAGAGGACACAUUUGAGCUGCUCAACAGGCACACCGCGAAGAGAGAAGCUCAGGCCCCAUGAGCCUGCACCCUGGCAUCGUCCUCUCCUGGAGCCCCCCUCUCAUCUCUCCACACAUGAUAAUGACAGCUAGACUGUCAGGAAGCACCCAGGCUCUGGCUGGACCCGAGAUGCCCCAUUUCGGAGGCUCAUGCUCUCUGCUCAAGGUCAUGAGAUGAGAUUGACCUGAGCAGGGCCCAGCUAUGCCCAUGGCCGAGUCUGGCCCACUCCUGGGCUCCUGAGCGGGCACUCCUGCCAGCUGCCAUCUUCUCUGUUGAGCCUAGCCAAGAAGCUGUCCUGGCACUCCUCCCCAGUCAGCCCUCGGGCCUUACUACCUGGGGUAGUGACUGGCAGGUACAGAUGGCUGCUCCUGAGGCCUGGCUCCCAGCCUGCUGGUCUUGUUUGAGUCAGGGAACGGGAGGAAGCUGUCCAUAGAGCAACUUAGGUAGAGCAGGGGAUUUCCUCUCCCCUUGUCUCCCAGGCCCAGGUGACUGCAGUGGAGAGAAGCCUUGGAGGGACUGAGCAGAGGCAGCCAGGAUGGGGAGGUCCUUUUAUUGCCACCACCGCCCCCCCUUCCCCAGAGCUCUGGGAGCUGACCCCUCCAGCUGUGGGCCUGUUCCUUCCCCGGAGCUCUGGGAGCUGACCCCUCCAGCUGUGGGCCUGUUCCUUCCCCAGAGCUCUGGGAGCUGACCCCUCCAGCUGUGGGCCUGUUCCUUCCCGCAGAGGUCUAGGCUUGGGUCUGUUUAUUUCACAGCUGCUGCUGGACCCUGCUCUGCCCCACACAUGCUACAUCUGGGCUGCUGUCAACUGUUUCCAGGGCACACGUGCUGUUGGUUCCUCUUGUGGGCUCCUGGCUACCAGGCGCUGGUACCACUUUUCAAAGGCCUGGAGGCAGGGAGGGACAAGAAAUGCCAUUUGUCUCAGGCUCCCUCCAGGGACUGUCCUGGGCCUGUCCAACUGACAACUGAGCUAUGCUCUGUCUUAACCAGAGGCCCUUUCUCUGCCCUGGUCGCCAGCCCACCCUAUCUCAGCCCAAAUAUACAGGCUCUGAAUAGACUGGACUUGUACCCUGGGAAGCUGUGCCCAGUGACCUGCAAGUGAGAAGCCUGUGUGUGACCCAGGCGCUACUGGGACCAGCCUGGUUCUCAGACUGAGUGACUGUGACACUGGGCUGGGCUUAAGGCCACCAGUCAAGGGCUCUAAUGUCGAGGCUGUGUGCUCUGUAACCACUGACCAACUCACUGAAUGAGGAGCCCUCGGGGCUGAGCAGGGACACCCCCUCCCCCCAUGGCUCUCCCCAAAGGUGACACCGGUUUGGAAGGCUGGCUAGUGAAGGGAGGUAGAGCCACCUGGGAAAGGACCCAGAUGUCUUCCUGCUGGUGCAGCCGUCGGGCCACCUGCAGCUGAAGGACCUUUUUCCGCCAUGUCCUCCAGGCCUGGUCCAGGUGCCAUUGUCUGAGCUACAGAGAGAGUUGACAGAAAGACCCUCUGCCAUCCUGGCAGCCCUGGUCCUUCUACUUCUGCCAUCCCAGGGUGAAAGGGAUGUGACGAGGGGCCAUCGUCUGGAAAUGUUAGCAGACAAGGACCCCUGAGCCCCAUCCCUAAGGCUUUGGACUUUAGUCCAGAGACCACAGUGAGACGCAGUUAGUGUCUAGAGUUUGCCAAGGGGUGAGAUGAAUGAGAGAGAAGUUGCUCCCAGGGCCUCUGAAGGGUGGAGAGGAACUAAGCCUACCUACCAGGGUCCGAGACAGCUGCUCCAGCCAGUGAACAUCUACCCAGCGCUGCCAUGCCCUUGCCAGGCACCUGGCCUGCUGGGAAGCCUGGAACUGCCAACACUGUAGGUACCUAUUCCUGCAGGCCAAGAACAUCACAACCUCUACAAGGUGAAGAGCAAGAGCCCCAGAGCCAUCUUGCUGGGGUCACCCAGUCACUGGCCUGAGAGGACCACCCCUCCCCCAUGCACAUACAAAGCUGAUCCUGCCCUAGCCACCUUUGGGGAGCCUCGCCUUGGCCCUGGAGGGCCCUGGUCUCAGAGCUGCAGAGCUCGCCUAGUCCUGUAGGGAGCUGUGCCCAUGCAGGCAGUGGCAGCCAGAACUGGAAGGUUGGGCAGAGGGAUCUCGCUCUGUCACCUGGAGAGGAGAAGUGUGUCAAGAGAGGAAAAUGCCUUGGUUUGGGAGAACAGUGGCCACCCUCGGGUCUCCAGGUGGUGGGCUGGCCCAAGGAGCUAAUGGCAGCAGAAGGGAAUGGUCCAGACAGCUGUGAACAGGGGCAGUGUUCCACAGGGCUUGGCCUGAGGGCUGAGACAGGGACUCAGCUCCUUACUCAGAGCACAGGAUGGGGUCCUCUGUGUGCCUCUUCCAUGCUGCCAUGCCAGGCUGGGCAACACAUUCCGUAGGACAGGUGUCCAGCAGCUGUGGGUCUGAGGGAACAGCAGGGGAGCAAGGAUCAAAGGCAGUGGCUUGAGCCUGCUGACCAGGAGGGAUUCCUGCCCCCUGUGUGCAAAGGGGGUGUUUCUCCCAAGACCCCCAGAGGAGGCAAGACACUAACUAGUACAUGGCUUGUGCUGCCUCUGACCAUUCUCCAUCUGGCUGAAGACAUCUAAGCAGAGACUGGCCCAAUGAUAGCUGCCCUGUGGUGGAGCUCAGGCCAUCCCUGAGAGCUAAGUUAUACUUCUGACUUAAGCUUUAGGACAUUGCUGAAGCCUUGGCUCUCAGAUGUGGCCUGAGGUCUGAGCUCCCAACUAAUACAACAUAUAUGGGUGACUCCCUGCCACCACAGGAUGGCUCACCACCUGCACAUGUUGCCAGGUGAGGGCUACCUUGUGGGUGUGCCUGUAGUAAAGAGCAGGGCCUUGGGUACCAUUCUUGGUGUCUGCUUUAUUUCUAGAAGCCCCAGUGUAGGAGAGCACAGUGUAUGGGAACCUGGCUAUUACUGCGAGGAUGAAGUAUGUGUACUUUUAAAGGGUGGCAGUGUCCCCGUGAAAUUUCACUACUCAAGAGGCUGAGUUGAAGCAACCUGGGCUAUGCAAGCUGGGUCUACAAAGCCCUGAAAAUCUACAAGUAAAAGCAUGAGACCCUAUAACCUGCCAUUGCCCUAGGCCCAUACCUGGGAGUGCUGAAACCCAGCAACACUAUGGCAAUUCCAUUUAAAAGGCAAAAGCCACUUGGGUGAUCUUCUUAGGCUCUUUCUGGCAAUCUGAAGCAGGACUCGUGGCGAUGCCCAGUCCUUAGGAACACUGCCCGGCCUGUCGGGAUCACAGGCUGGUCCCUCUGCUACAUCUCCAGACUGCUGGGCAGGGCCGUUUCUUGCCCCCAGCAGGCAUUUGUGAGGCCCUCUUCUCUCCUGCCAGGCCAUAAGCCCCUCAUUGUUUGUUAUGUCAGAGCUAAGGACUUCUGGGUCCCAUUUUUAUACAAAAAUAAAAACCUACUUUCUACUUUAUUUUCUGUAAUGGGCACAUUUCAUUUUUCUUCCAAUAAAACUAAAAUUGCUGCUGUC